AUGGCUAGGCAGGGGCACGUCUCCCCCAACGAGAUCCAAUCAGCUAAUGUGGGUCUCCUGGGAGCGUCCGGGGCUCCUCAAACUUCCCCCCUCGGGCCGGUCAAGGCGGCUCCGCUUGAUAUCAGCAAUGACAAGCGACUAUCUACCUUAGAAGAGUAUAGCGCCCUAAAAAUAACAUCACUUCACCUUCAUGACUAUAAUUUGCUCACUGUUAAUUCGAUUCCUUAUUUGUGUGCGUCUUCAUCUACAGGUCACCAGCACCCGACGAUCCUGGGUAAGACCAGGCGGCCCAGGACCGCCUUCACCAGCCAACAACUCCUCGAGUUGGAGCAACAGUUCAAGAAAAACAAGUACCUGUCCCGGCCCAAGCGAUUCGAGGUGGCGACGUCCCUCAUGCUCACGGAGACUCAGGUGAAGAUUUGGUUCCAGAACCGCCGAAUGAAGUGGAAACGCGGCAAGAAGGUAAAGGAGACACCGAGCGUGGAGGGGGAGAAGGAGGCUGCGGCUAACUCUGACGAAGGCCGGCCAGAUCACGCACCGGCCCCGCUGGAGAAAACUCAUGAAGACGGAGACCACAUCACCAAGGUGGAAGUCCACGGAGGAAACGAGUCCGUGGACGGGCUUGAGAUCCACGAUGAAGAGUACUAUGACGAGGAGGACGACGACGACAUGGACGAUGACAUGAUGGCGGAGGGAUACAUCCAAGACAGCUCGUCCGAUGAGCGGGCUAAUAACAACGUAGAGGACAGUGACAACUGCAACAGCGGCGGCGGUAGGAAUCGGUAUUCCUCCGCGGCUGAGCGGAGCCUUGACUGCCACCCGGUGGAACCGGUGCAUUAACCGCUCACCAAAUGUGGACACUGUCCGGAAAUCUGGACCAAUUGUAAUUAGUGUUGUAACAGUUGAGUGUAUACUGAUAUAUAACGCGCUCUUUCAUUGGCAAGACGAUAUUUUCAGAGCCAUAACUGUUGUCCAAUGAAAGUUUAAUUCAGAGCUAUUAUGAACUUCUAUAUGGUUGUAUAUAAGUCAAUGUAAAAAAAAAAAGCAUUACACAGUUGUGCAAAGCCCUCUACGUCGUUUGAAAUUAAAGUGUACCAAGCACACAUAAAGAAUGGAAUAUUCUCCAAACGAAGAACUACUAUAUUAUCAUAAUCGGAAAAAGUACACUAUUCCGUUAUUGAAUUGAAUGCAGUAAUGGUAGCUGAUCAAAUGCUACAACUUCAAAACAACAACAUGCAAUUUCUCCAUACUGGUCCACCAUGGUUCUCGACUGUAUCAAACUUAAUAUGAAGUGAUACCCGAAAGAUUCACGUCUAGGUAUACACAAUAUGGACCAAAUGAAAUGCAUGGUAAAACAGUGGCACUUUUAACAUUAUUAUUCAAUUAUUCGUCAUCUGGUUGUUUGUUUUCUACUUAUUAUAUUUAAGUUUCUAAAUGGCAGCUCAGAAAAUCCUCUUGCUGUGUGUAUCGAAAUGCAAUGUGAUGCUAUGUUAACGCUUCUUUGAACGAAAUAGCAAACGGUUGGAGAAAAAGUGACCAAAACUCGAAAUUAGAUGCGCAUUAUGUAUCUAACAACAACAAUCACUGGACCAAAAACAUGUUUACGGGGAUUGAUGUAGUCAAUGCAAGGACGACUCAUUUGCAUUAAGUAUCACACUGAUCGCGUUUUUAUCCUAUACAAAGAAUGAAACUAAAUAAUUGCUUCACUCACUGAAUGCGUUCCACUUAUUACGCAAACGUUGCCAACGGCCGAAAACGUUUUAUGUUAGAUAUAAUUAUAUUGACAGAGAGUACGCGAACGUUGGAACGUUUGAGCGAGUGGAACGCUCCCCUCAUACAAUUUAAUUAUGUGAUCGAUAAUGCAUAAAUGUUACAAGUUGUUUUGUUGUCUUCAAACGCUGGUGAACGUUCUAAGCCCGUCCUACUGAAUAUUCUGUCUUGAUUAUUGGAUACUGCUGUGCGUGAGAAAAUGUUGCAGAAAGCGUUUCGUUGUGUUUGGGAUGGUUUAGUUUAGGAGCGGGAUGUGUGGGAAUAAAUUGCGUGGGCAGCUGAAUGGUAGAUCUAGUGUUCUCCAAAGAAACGCACACGUAUUGAAAAGGGAUGGAGUAUUAAAUGAAAAGUAAAACUUAAAAAAAAAAUUAGACGUGGUUUUUACUUGAAAAGAAAGUUGAAAUAGUAGUCUGUAAACUCAACUCACAUACAAAAUACCGACUUAAAUCAAACUUCAUUGUAUUUUUCAUUGUACGAUUGGUUCAGUGUAUAUACCACAUGGUGAGUAAUUACAAACGCGGGUUUUUGGGCAGUGGAGGGCGUGCUGCUACCGUUAACCGGGGCCAAAUUAAUCUGAAAUCGCAGAAUAUUUUGAAGCAUUUUUAAGACCAGAUAUGUAAAUAUUAUUUUGGUGUUUAAAGUUUGAAAUGAUAAAACCGCCUGUUUAAAGGCGUUGUGCAUUUGUGUAUCAUAUAUAACUUAAGCUUUUUGGGGGUUAAUAUUGAAAAAAAAAGAUUAUGAAAAACAACUGAGGCAGAACCAUUCCCAUAAGGAUGGUGCAUAAAAGGUAACGAAUCCAAAGUUUAAAUGUUAUAUUAUUUAUGUGGCACGAACGCAUUUCUAUCAUUCCGAGGACAUGUGCACACAUUGUAGAACAAAUAAUAAUGCAUACGAAUGUCGUAUAAUUAUUAUACUUGUUUACUUUCGAAAGGACCAAUGUAAUACUACGCAAAACGAAAAACUCGAAUUCAGUUACAAGUCAAUCAAACUAAGUUGGACAUACAACUUCUCUGUUUAUUUUAUUUUAUGAAAUGAUGAGCUCAUGAGUACAAAUAAAAUUGUAUGCACAGUUCGGAAAACACA